GAAAUGAGGAGGUUUUUUUAGGGGGAACAGUUCAAGAACAAGAUGGCUGUCCUGGGGCAAGAAAAGUAUCUUUCUUCCUCCACAUAAACACGGGAAUUUAAUGCGGCCAUCAGUGUCAUGUAAAUAACUUAUUAGGUAACAACUUUUAUAGCUUAUUAGGUAACAACUUUAAACGCUUUAAAGGCAUCGCUUUAUAACGGAAGACAUCGUUUUUUUAGACGGAAUCGAAGAUCGGAAAGUUUUCUUAAUGGUUUGUUGAGAGUGAAAACUACUAACUUAACGCUGGCUAUGAGGAGCAUGGAUACCGUUAUUUAAAUAUCUCGAUUUUUACUUUCAUAAACAGUCUAACGCGUUAUGUAUCUAGAUUAUUAAGUUAGUUAGUUGACUAACUUUCCCAAUCUGUCUGCUUUGUUUUUAGGCGUUUAACGGUUGAGUAUCUGUGAAGCCCGACAUGCUUCAGCCGUUAUAAACGGUUAUAAGAGGUUUUUAGUAUAACGGUUAACGGCUUUUCAAAUGCUCCGCACCAUAUAAAUGAAAAAAACGCUAAGUGGACCAUGAGUUCAUCCCGAGUCAGACCGCAGCAGCUACCGCAGAGCCAGACUGGCAGGUUGCCUCACAGACUCGACUCAGGCGAAGGGAUAGAGAUGGAGAACAUCCAGCAUCAAGACCUGGGUCUUGGAGGAGUCAUAGGCACCCCGUCCCCUCCGUCCAGACAAGCGUGGAGUCGGGACAACCCGGGGUUCGAACCCGAGGAUGAGAUCAUGGAAGCCGACUGGCCUCCAGCGAGUCCCGGGAGGAGGUCGGUGUCCACGGCCUCCAGCAGCAGCUGCAGCAGCGGCCUGGGCAGCUACACUGGCGCGGGCAGCAGCACCCACAUCCCCCGAGGAGGACUGUACCCGACCCCGACUGUGGAUGCCCGGCAGCAGGACAGACUUAACCACCGCAGCUGUUUGAAGCAGAUCCUCCAGAAGAUCAGAAUUCUGUGGGGCACAGAGCUGAUGGAGGACAGUGACAGUAGUCGAGAGAGGUACCUCAGGAACGUGCUGAGGGAGAUGAUCACAUAUAUCACAUUCCUCAUCACUAUUUGUAUAUUGACCUAUGGGAUGGUGAGUGCCAAUAUGUACUACUAUACCAAAGUCAUGUCUCAGCUCUUCCUGGACACACCGCUGUCUCCUGGGGACCCUUCAUCUUUCAGAAGUCUGUCAACUAUGGAGGAUUUCUGGAAGUUUACAGAGGGACCUUUCCUCAAUGGCAUGUACUGGGAAGUUUGGUACAACAACAAGAGCCUGCCAGAGAAUCAGAGUCUCAUCUACUAUGAGAACCUGCUCCUCGGGGUGCCACGGCUCCGGCAGGUAAAAGUCCUCAACGAGUCCUGCUCCAUCCACGAAGACCUGAGAGACGAGGUUCAGGACUGCUUCAACAUGUACACCCCGACCAACGAGGACACGACCUCCUUCGGCCCCAAGAAUGGAAGCGCGUGGGUGUAUACAACAGAGAGUGAGAUGAAUGGGAGCAGUUAUUGGGGCCAGAUUUCUAAAUAUGGAGGCGGAGGAUUCUACCAAGAUCUGUCUCGUACAAAAGAGGAGUCAGCAGCACAACUAGAGUUUCUCAAAGACCAGCUGUGGCUGGACAGAGGCACCAGAGCGGUGUUUCUCGACUUCUCUGUCUACAACGGGAACAUCAACCUUUUCUGCAUCGCCAGGUUGUUGGUGGAGUUCCCUGCAACUGGCGGGGUGGUGACCUCCUGGCAGUUCCAGACAGUGCGCCUAAUACGAUAUGUGUCCAGCUGGGACUACUUUGUGGGCUUGUGUGAGGUGGCCUUCUGUCUAUUCAUCCUCUACUACGUGGUGGAGGAGGUACUAGAGAUCCGCAUCCACCGCCUGCAUUACUUCAAGAGCCUGUGGAACUGUCUGGAUGUGCUCAUUGUCGUGUUGAGUGUUGUUGCCAUUAUCAUGAACAUCACCAGGACAGCCAUGGUGGGGAACCGCCUCAAAGGCCUGUUGGAGAACCACAACGCUCACCCGAACUUCGAGCCUUUGGCCAACCUGCAGGUCCAGUUCAACAACGUGGCUGCAGUUAUCGUCUUUUUUUCCUGGGUCAAGCUUUUUAAGUUCAUCAACUUCAAUAAGACCAUGAGUCAGCUGUCUGGCACCAUGUCUCGCUGUGCCAAGGACCUCGUUGGUUUCGCCAUCAUGUUCUUUAUCAUCUUCCUGGCGUAUGCUCAGCUCGCCUACCUGGUGUUUGGAACCCAAGUCAACGAUUUCAGCACCUUCCAAGCCAGCAUAUUCACUCAGUUCCGCAUCAUUCUGGGAGACUUUGAGUUCUCAGAAAUAGAGGAGGCGAAUCCAGUGCUCGGACCGAUCUACUUCACAACCUUCGUCUUCUUUAUCUUCUUUAUUCUCAUGAACAUGUUCCUGGCCAUCAUCAAUGACACAUACUCUGAGGUGAAGGCCGACAUGUCGCAGCAGAGGUCUGAGAUGGAAAUGACUGAUCUCAUUAAGAAGGGUUGUAACAAAGCUUUGAUGAAGUUGAGACUGAAGAAGACGGCAGUAGACGACAUCUCUGACAGUCUGCGUCAGGCCGGAGGGAAACUGAACUUUGACGAACUCCGUCAGGAUCUUAAAGGAAAGGGCCACACGGACGCAGAGAUCCAGGCCAUCUUUGCCAAGUACGAUCACGAUGGCGACCAGGAGCUGACAGAGCACGAACACCAGCAGAUGAGAGACGACCUGGAGAAAGAGAGAGAGGACUUGGAUCUGGAACGCAAUUCGCUGACUAGACCCAGCAGUGGGCGGAGCUUCCCUCGAACCCAGGACGACUCGGAGGAAGACGACGAUGAAGAUAGCGGCCACAGCUCUCGCCGCCGCGGCAGCAGCUCAGGAGGCGUCUCCUAUGAAGAGUUUCAAGUGCUGGUGAGACGUGUGGACAGGAUGGAGCACUCCAUCGGCAGCAUUGUGUCCAAGAUAGAUGCCGUGAUCGUGAAGCUGGAAACUAUGGAAAGAGCUAAACUCAAAAGGAGAGACGUGCUGGGUCGACUGCUGGACGGAGUCAUUGAGGACGAGCGUCUGGGUCGGGACACAGACGUCCACAGGGAGCAGAUGGAGAGGCUGGUGAGGGAGGAACUGGAGCGCUGGGAGUCCGAUGAUAUGGUCUCACAGGUCAGCCACCCACAGCCGGCCACUCCUGUCGGCCCCCGGCCCCGCCCGUCCUCCUCGCUGUCUACAGACGGUCUCGACGCGAACACAAACGGGAGCGGCCAUCUGUGAGGACAGGAGCAUAUUCCGCUCUGGCAAGAAACUCUUUGCUGGAAAUUUCCCCCUGCAGCGGUACAAGCAACUGAAGACGUGGGACCAUUCAUACAGAACAAAAUGAGAAACAAUUUCUUGAUGUAUUAUAAAGAAGGUGAUAAAAAUCAAACGCACCUCAUAUACUUAAAUGCACUGAAAAUAAGUGAGGUUCUCAUAUGAGACAUCAAAUAUAACUUUACAGGAUGAUGAAAGGAAACAUGAAAAGUUGAAUGGAAUUGAAGGAUUUACAGAAGAGUGUUACAUGACAGUAAAUAUAACACACACCAGUCUGCAGGUAUACUCAGCUAUGCUCAUAAUACACAGCGUAUGAUUUCAGUAUUACAUGAGAAAUAUGCUCACCUGCUUUUGUUUACUGUAUCCACACAUCGCAGCAUUUACACAAAUACCAAAAAGGCAUUUCUAUGACUGUUAAUUAUGCUGAUUAUUAUUUCUUUCAUCAUUUUAAUACACAGUAGGUACAAGUGUGGCACAUUCUGUCAUAUUUACUCACCCUCUGUACAUCAAUUAAGCUUCAAAUUAAAUAGCUUAUUAUAAUUUUAUGAUACAUAUUGUAACUUUAAACAAACUUCGAUUUGGAGUGCAUUUAGUGUUCAUGGGAAACCCAUGCAUUUAUUUUUUAUUUUUCUAUGUGCCUUACUUUUUAUUUCUUUUUUUUACACAAUCUAUUUCUUUUUUUAAAUCUGUUAUGCCCAAUAAAGUGUUAUUAAAAUAUAA